AUGAAGGCGCCUCUGCAGCUGGACUUUGCAAAGAGCGCCCGCAACAAGAUCUGGGCGGUGAAUAACGAUCCCACGCGGCUGGACGAGGUGUACAACCGCUUGCUCGGACCGGGAGGUAGCAAGAUGCUGCCGGAGGAACUCAAGUGGCUGGCGGUGACACACAAGAGCUUUGAUCAAGGAAGGAGAGGGUUCAAUGACAGACUGGCACUGCUAGGACGGUUGACGAUGGUAAUGGAAGCAACAAAAGAGAUUGUCAGCAAAGAGCCUCUUGACGGCUCAAUAUUCCCCGAUCAAUUCGACAGAACACCAUUGGAGGACGACCAAUUGCUUUCGGUGGACAACCUCAACGUCAUGGGACCCCGAGACAUAAUCGGCAAGGAUAAGCUCUACCAGUUGGCCAACAACGUUGGGCUGAUGGAUGUAGUGCGGUGGAAGCCCCGAUUGCCCCGACGGCUCGAGGCCUCAGGUGUGGAAGUGGUGUUAAACUCGGCGCUCAUGGCCAUCAUCGGCGCCGUCACGCUGCAGCACGGAUCUGCCGUGGCGGCGCAGGUGGUGAGGGAGAGGAUCUUGGCGCAGGUACCCAAGGACAACUAA